GACUAAGUUGACAGUCGCACCAAUCAAACAUGUCCGCCUCUGCGCAACUUGAUGUGAGCGUGACAAACACGGAUGAAAAAGAGACCAACUCUGCGAUGGAAACAAACGAGUGCUCGGAAGCAGAAAAUGACACAGAGCCCCAAAAGAAAGAAUUGCCCGAAGCUGGCCAGAACACAAGUGACCCUUUCAAAAAACCGACUGCGUUCGCUUCGCCUUCUCUCGCGAGCAAACGCAGCCUGAACGCUGCUGCUCCAUCCAAACCUGGAGCCGAGACGAGAAACGAGAAAGACAACAACGAAGCACAAAUCGAGGACACCAAUUGUGAGCUAUCUGAUGUUCCAGCGAAGGAUAACGAAACCCCGGACACUGGGCCAGAAAAGAAUACAAAUGGCGACGAACAGAGAGACGUUGCUCGAGUAAACAUGAAAACAGACUCUAAACACAGGGUGCUUCCGCCGGCUGGAGAGUUCCCUCCUCUCCCAUACACAGAGCCACAGUGGGGUGGUCCUGCUCCAGAUGACGUCUAUGCUCUUGAAAUUCUAAAAAACGGCACCAUAGUGGACAAGGUGCCCCUUGCGCAUCGAGGUUACUUCGUGGUUGGACGUUUGCCGGUGUGUGACGUCACUCUGGAACACCCGUCCAUCUCCAGGUACCAUGCUGUCAUCCAGUACCGCCGGCUUCCCGGGGAGGGGGAGUCUGUCAGUGAGGAUCGAGGUUUCUACAUCCAGGACCUGGGCAGCACACACGGUACCGUCGUUAACAAGAACAAGAUUCCGCCCAAGACGUACAUCAGACUCCGUGUUGGACAUGUCCUUAAGUUCGGAGGCAGCACGAGGCUAUUCAUCCUACAGGGUCCAGAAUUUGAUGAGGAAGAGGAGUCUGAACUGACCGUCACAGAGUUGCGGGAGCAAGCCAGGAAACAGAUGGCGGAGCUAGAGAAGAGAAUGUUGGGAGGGCGUUCUGAUGAAGAGGAAGGAGAGGAGAAGGACGAAGGCAAAAGCGACAAGAGCCGAGAAUUGUCCAGUGAAGACUCGGGCUGCUCUUGGGGAAUGGCUGAGGAGCAGCUUCCAGAAGAAGACGAGAACGAGGAGAACCCUUUUUCAACAGAGUUCCAAGAAGACCAGGAAGCUGCCUACUUAAAGGACCCUAAGAAGGCUUUACAGGGCUUUUAUGACAGGGAAGGCGAGGAGCUGGAGUUUGAGUAUGAAGACAAAAGCCACGGCAGUUGGCUCUGUAGAAUCAAGCUGCCCGUGGACGAUGCCUUGGGCCGGCAGCUGGUUGCCGAGGUGACCCACACGGGGAAGAAGAAAGAAGCAGCCGUCCAGUGCUGCCUCGAGGCCUGCCGAAUGCUGGAAGCCAGAGGACUGCUACGCCAGGAAGCAGUGUCCCGCAAGCGGAAGAAAAAGAACUGGGAAGAUGAGGACUAUUAUGACAGCGAUGAUGACACCUUCCUGGAUCGGACAGGCACAGUUGAAAAGAAGAGGAAAGAGAGAAUGAAAAAAGCAGGAAAGAUUGAGGAGCGGCCCGAGACCCAUGAAUCACUGCUGGCCAAGCUAUCACAGGUGGAGAAGGAGGUGGCAGAAGCACAAAAGAAGCUCGGCACCGCUGGGAAAGACACUUCCGGCUCUUCGACCGACGACCCGCUGGACGCCUUCAUGACGGCCGUGCGCAGCGAUGCAACCAUGGAUGCCGUCGAGCGCAGGAAGCUUCAUGUGCACGUCGCCGACCUGCGAAAAGAUGCCCAGCGGCUCCGCAAAUUGGUGGAACUCACUCGCCCCUCUCAGCUGCCCUCGCUGCUCCCCAGUGGCAGCUCCAAGUCUGAGAAACCAAAGAAAGCUUUGCCGCUUUUUGGAGCCAUGAAGGGAGGAUGCAAGUUCAAGCUGAAGACUGGCACUAUCGGGAGAUUGCCUCCUAAGCAGCCCAGCUUGCCUCCCGAGCUCUUUAACAUGAAAGAACUUCCACCAGGAGGAGAAGAGGAGGAGGAAACAGAAGAAAAGGGGGAGGUAGAGCAGGAGACGGCUGAAAAAAAGAAGGAUCAUGAAGAUAAAGUGUGCAAGUUGAAUGUUGAACCUGUAGAGGCCAGCGAACUCAUAUCUCAAGAAACUUCGGGACAGAAAGGAGAAAAAUCAGUGCCGGAGCCAAAAGAAAAGAGGAAAAGCGAGGCAUGUACAGAGACGCAGAACCCAUUUCCUCAUCAGAACACCAAGCCCAACCUACCAACCUUUGUCACUGUGACUCAACAGAAUCAAGAGACAAGGGUGAUGAAUAUCUCAGUCCGAGGAAGAAAAAGAAAGUCAUGGGCCCCAGCAGGCCACCUGUGCAGCUCUCGAGUCAGUAUCCACAGGACGACCCCGAUUACUGUGUUUGGCUACCGCCGACAGGACAGACUGGAGAUGGCCGCACCCAUCUUAAUGACAAGUAUGGCUACUGAGUGGAAAAACUCACCCCAUGUCAUCAACUCGCAUCUGACGUGACACGACUACGGCUCCUGCACCAGCAUCAUCACUCGAGAUGACCAAGUUCAUGAGAGACCAGAAGCGAAUCAAAAGUCAAUACUGCCCUUCACGUAAAUAUAUUGUCUGAAGAUGAUAUAUAUUGGCUGGCGACCAGUUCAGUGUGUACCCCGCCUCUCGUCCAAAGAUAGCUGGCAUAGGCUCCAGCACGCCUGCGACCUUAGUGAGGAGAAGCGGUACAGAAAACGGAUGGAUGGAUGGAUGGAAGAUGAUAUACAGCUGCCCCGCGUUGCCAAUGCAGGCAUUUGACCCCUUUGACCCAGUGUCCUUUUCACCCUUCAAGCCGAAAAUAGAAAAUGGCAGCCCAAGAAGAGUUAGCUGAAUUCAGCUUUUUUCUCCCCUUGUCUCUGGCUGCUCCUCUUUCACUUCAAACCACCUGACAUUCAAUCUGUAUCCCUCCCCUAUUUGGCUCCACUUGAUCACUGGCAUUACUUUUUUUUCCCCUGCGAAAGAGUGUGUGUAGAAGGGAGGGAGAGCAGUGAAGCAGCUUUUCUGACCAUCUGGACACUUGGAUGGCUUACUGGAUGAAACGCAAGCUGAUAAUGACUCAAGCUACAGUAAGCAGAGUUGUGUGUCAGCUGACGCACACACACUCGUGGUGCAACCUUCUCAAAGUUCUCUUUUUAACAGGAUUGUCUUUAUGCCACAGUCAGCCAUUGUUGUGCGUUUAUGUAGGAUUCGCACUCAGUGCUGCUCAUCUGGUUCACAGCCUUACUCUAUUUCUUUUUUGGUGACAAGGUAAAUAAAUACUUUUACAUUGUAUUUUGUUUUUGAAAUAUGUAAUAAAAUGUCUGCACAACUA